AUGCCCAACGCCGGUGGCCUGACAGACCGCGAGGCUGCAAUAGAUGCAGUCAUACGCUUUGUGUGUGCACUAGACCAAGGAGAUGCUGAGCUUUCGGCCUCAUCUCUCACCAAAGACUCUAUCAUGGACCUUACACCAUUCCGGAAAGUUGGCAUGGAGCGUGGAAUCGCGGAAGGGAGGGAUGCUAUUGUGAAAGUCCUUAUGGACGCCGUUGGAAAGCCACUCGACACAACGCACAGUGCGACCAACAUACGAUGCACCGUCCAAGGAGACUCGGCUGAAUUGACAACUUGCGUGCUCGCUCAGCAUUUUCGCCGCGGCGAAGGACCUUCUCCUGAGUUUCAAGACUACUACCUAUUCGGCAACCAGUACGCUGCUCAGAUUGUGAGAGAUGGAGAACUUUGGAGAAUCAAGAGGUUGACCAUCACACCGGCAUGGGUUGUGGGAAAUCCCGAAAUCAUGAAUGUCUAA